AUGGGUAUCCUUUCAGUGGUCGAGGAUCGACCUACGCCAAAGGCCGUCUACAACUGGCGAGUGUACACAUGCGCUGCUGUCGCAUCUUUUGCAUCUUGCAUGAUUGGUUACGACUCUGCCUUUAUCGGAACUACCCUCUCCUUGCCGUCUUUCAAGUCGGAAUUCAACUUCGCUAGCUAUUCUUCCGAGCAGCUUGCUCUCGUGUCAGCCAACAUUGUUUCAGUCUACCAAGCCGGAGCCUUCUUCGGCAGUCUGUUCGCUUAUGUAUCCAACUGGUUUCUUGGCCGGAGAAAGUCACUAUGGCUUUUUGUUUCCAUCUUCAUUUUGGGCGCUGGUUUGAUGUUGGGCGCAAACGGGGAGCGCGGACUCGGACUCAUUCUCGGUGGACGCGUCCUCGCCGGUGUAGGAGUUGGAGCUUGUAGCACAACGGUUCCUAUUUACAUUUCCGAGCUAUCCCCUCCUGCCGUGCGUGGCCGAUUGGUCGGCAUCUAUGAGCUGGGUUGGCAGAUCGGUGGUCUGGUUGGCUUCUGGAUCAACUAUGGUGUCAACACGACCAUGGAACCGAGCCACAAGCAAUGGCUGAUUCCUUUUGCCGUCCAGCUCAUCCCCGCCGGUUUGUUGAUGAUUGGUGCACUCUGGAUCAAGGAGUCACCCCGAUGGCUGUUUUCAAAGGGUCGACGGGAAGAAGCCAUGGCCAAUCUCUGCUGGGUGCGAAACCUUGAUGUCAAUGACCUCUACAUCAUCGAGGAGGUGAACUACAUUGAUGAGGACCUGGACCGCUACAACAGAGAGGUUGGUCCUGGCUUCUGGAAGCCUUUCGCCGCUCUCAGGCAACCAAAGGUCCUGUACCGGUUCUUCUUGGGCGGUAUGCUUUUCCUCUGGCAGAACGGAUCUGGCAUCAACGCCAUCAACUACUACAGCCCUACGGUUUUCAAGAGCAUCGGUAUCACUGGUACAAACACGAGCUUUUUGACAACCGGUAUCUUUGGAGUCGUCAAGACCGUGGUCACUUUUGUCUGGCUUCUCUACCUGAUUGAUCAUCUUGGUCGUAGAAGACUAUUGAUGAUUGGCAGUGUUGGUGGCUCUCUUUGCAUGUGGUUCAUUGGCGCAUACAUCAAGAUUGCCAAUGUAUCAGGAAACCCCACUGGUCAACUUGACAGUGGUGGUAUCGCUGCUAUAUUCUUCUUCUACCUGUGGACAGCCUUUUACACCCCCAGCUGGAAUGGUACCCCCUGGGUCCUCAACUCUGAAAUGUUCGACCAAAACACUAGAGCAUUGGGACAAGCUUCUGCUGCUGCCAAUAAUUGGUUCUGGAACUUCAUCAUCUCCAGAUUCACCCCUCAAAUGUUCUUGACCAUGAAGUACGGAGUGUACUUCUUCUUUGCAUCCAUGAUGAUUCUUUCAACCGUCUUCGUUUUCUUCCUUAUCCCUGAAACCAAGGCAGUCCCUCUCGAGGCAAUGGAUCGACUCUUCAAUGUAAAGCCGGUACGCAAGGCCAAUAAGACUAUCAUGGAAGAGCUUAGGGUUCAGGAGGAAGAGUUCAGACACAACGUCGAUGGUGUUGACCUGAAGGAGGGAAACAAGCGCGAUGUUGAGCAAAGGGAGGUAGCAUAA